GGAAGGCAGCGGAGUCUCGCAGAGCGGUGAUGCUGCAGGGACUCAUCAUGCCUUCUGCACAUUAUUUAUUCAUUUCAGAACAACUCAAGACUCACGGUUACAGAUAGAAAGGAAUAAUCUCGUCUCGGGACGAAACUCAAGAAAAAUAACCCCCGAGCUGAAUAAACACCUGUGUGUGGAUGCUGCUGGUUUUCCGUUAUCUCCUGGAAGUGUCGGGCUGUCGGUGAAAAUUGCAGUUUCUGUGUGUGCUGAUAAAAAACAAACCAAAAAAAAUCACAUUCAGCGGGUUCAUGGUGUUAUUCUGAUCCUUGGUGCGGACUCUGUGUGUGGAUGGUCCGAUCCGACUAUGGGCUUCCCGAACCUGAGCCUGAGCUCCAGAACUGAUUCACCGCUGCUCUCUGUUUCACCACCGGGACAUAAACUCCUCUGACACCGUCCCUCCAGAACCCGUCCAUUGCUGUGUGUUGUUACUGCACCCUGUGGACCCAAAUGGAGACGGUCGGAGACUUCGAGUACAGCCGGAAAGACCUGAUAGGACACGGAGCCUUCGCGGUCGUCUUCAAGGCAAGACAUAAAAAGAAGACGGAUUGGGAGGUGGCCAUUAAGAGCAUUAAUAAAAAGAACCUCUCCAAGUCCCAGAUUCUGCUUGGGAAGGAGAUCAAAAUUUUGAAGGAACUGCAGCAUGAGAACAUCGUAGCGCUCUAUGAUGUCCAGGAAACGCCCAAUUUUGUUUUUCUUGUAAUGGAGUUUUGUAAUGGAGGAGAUCUGGCAGACUAUUUACAAGCGAAGGGCACUUUGCAGGAGGACACCCUGAGGAUCAUUCUUCAGCAGAUAGCAGCAGCUAUGCGUGUCCUCAACAGCAAGGGUAUCAUCCACCGAGACCUCAAACCCCAGAACAUCCUCCUGUCCUACACUGGCCGCAAGAAAUCCAGUGUCAGUGGCAUCCGCAUUAAAAUUGCUGACUUUGGUUUUGCUCGAUAUCUUCACAGUAACAUGAUGGCAGCCACUCUGUGUGGUUCUCCUAUGUACAUGGCUCCAGAAGUAAUAAUGUCCCAGAACUAUGAUGCCAAAGCAGACCUGUGGAGCAUCGGGACUGUAAUUUAUCAGUGUCUUGUGGGGAAGCCACCUUUCCAGGCAAACAGCCCACAGGACCUGAGGAUGUUCUAUGAGAAAAACAAGACUCUCAUGCCAAACAUCCCAAGAGAAACAUCUCCUCCCCUUGCUGAUCUGCUGCUGGGUUUAUUACAGAGGAAUCAGAAGGACCGGAUGGAUUUUGACACAUUCUUCAGCCAUCCCUUCUUGGAUCAAACGUCCAACAUCAAAAAAUCUUACCCUGUGCCAGUGCCUGCAUGCCCUAGCUCAGUGUCGGAGAGCACUUGCGGCAGCUCGUCUUCCUGCCGUUACGCCUCACCUCCGUUGUUGCCGGACAUGCAGGCUCUGCCUGAAGAUGUGCUCUCCUCUCCACCUCUCGGCCCUCCCAACUACCUGCAGCUGUCUAAAGAGUCCGGUGGCAGCACCAGCAGCAAGAACUCCUCCUGCGAUACGGACGACUUUGUGCUGGUGCCGCACCUCUCCGGAGAACAGUCCUAUGACCUGCCGAUGGGGGCCACUGGCCGUAGACCAUCGAGUGAGUUUCUGCUGUAUGGAGGGCAGCCGCAGCCUUCUUCAGGCCAGAACCCUGUGGUGUCCCCUCGAACAGAGACCACCCCGAUCCCUGUGCCCACUCAGGUGCGCAACUACCAGCGGAUCAAGCAAAACCUGUCCAGCAGCCCGAGCACUACCCUCCACGGCUCACCCAGGUCUGGUACAGUGCGGCGCUCUAACACCAGCCCUAUGGGAUUUCCAAAAGCUGCCUCCGGCUCUCCCAGCCCUGCUGAUGCUGCCCAGACUGUGGGUCGAAGACUCUCCACUGGGAGCUCCCGUCCCUACUCGCCUUCUCCACUGGUGGCUACUAUUCCUGAACAGCUGGGUCACUGCUGUUGUGGACAUCCCCACAGCCACGAAGCACGCAGUCGCAGCUCAUCUGGUGGUUCCCCCGUGCCCUCAUCUCAAUUGCUGGGUGCCCGUCUCCAGAGUGCACCCGCCCUGACCGACGUCUACCAAAACAAGCAGAAGCUGUACAAGCAGCUGUCCGAUCCUGUGCAGCCCACUGCCUUAGUCUAUGCCCCUACCCACUCACCACAGCUGGGACGCCCUGGCAACCUGGGGACCUCUCCUACCAAGCACCUUGGCUCCUCCCCUCGCACCUCUGAUUGGCUUCAAAAGUCUCCCCUGCCCACUAUCAUUGGCUCACCAACCAAGACCACUGCUCCCUUCAAAAUCCCUAAAACUCAGGCCUCAUGCAACCUCAUGGCCUUGGCUUCUCAACAGGGCAUAGCGGACAGCCCCAAUUCCAGUAAGAUGUCUACUGAUGCCCGGGAGAUCUGCCCUCAUCACUGGUCACCAAACCCCAGCGGCCGCAACUCGGCUUCUGAGAGCUCCAAAACUACCUUUGGCAGGUCUGUGAGUACAGGGCGUCUGUCAGAGCAGCCUGUGAGAAUCACUCUGGGAGGACAGACGUACCAGGGCAGUACGGAUAGCCUCAACACAGAGAGACCUAUGGACACAGCCCCUGCAGGGUCAUGUGGUCUGGCAGUGGGCAGUGCGAGUCCCCGUACCGUAGUGUUCACAGUAGGCUCGCCCCCCAAAAGCAGCACCCCACCCACUUGCAGCCACCUGAGCACACGCCCGCGUACCACAUCAGUAGGGUCCACAGGUUCAGCAGGCUCCCUGUACUCUACCAGUGGAAAGGUGUGCAUGGGUUCUCCUCCUGCUAUGGCCAUGGGUAGUUCUCCCCCUGGGGCGGAAGCAGCCCCCAGCAGCAUACGUUAUGUCCCCUAUGGCACCUCUCCACCCAGCCUUGAUGGGUUUAUCACGUUUGAGGCCCCUGAACUCCCAGAGGAGACACUGAUGGAGAGAGAGCACACAGACACAUUAAUGCACUUGCGGAUGAUGCUGUCCUUUACGGACUGUGUGCUGGAGAUGGCCGCUGUGAGAGCAGGAGGAGCAGACCUUGGCAUUUCUGCAGCAUCGCUUUACCCUCCUCAGGAGAGUGUGGUGGUGGACCAGAUCAGCCAGCUCAGCAAGGAGUGGGGGCAAGUGGAGCAGCUGGUGUUGUAUAUGAAGGCUGCUCAGCUGCUCGCGUCCUCUCUGCACCUGGCCAAAGCUCAGAUCAAGUCUGCCAAGCUGAACCCCUCUACUGCGGUCAAACAAGUGGUUAAAAGCCUGAACGAGCGCUACAAGAGCUGCAUCUCUCUGUGCCGCCAGCUCACAGACAAACUCAACCACUUCUUCUCAGACAAACAGCGCUUCGUGGACGAGAUCAACAGCGUGACUGCUGAGAAGCUCAUAUACAACCACGCGGUGGAGAUGGUCCAGUCGGCAGCGCUGGAUGAGAUGUUCCAGCAGACCGAGGACAUCGCGUACCGCUAUAACAAAGCCGCCAUGCUGUUGGAGGGCCUCGGAAAGAUCCUGCAGGAUCCGGCGGACAAAGAGAACGUCACCAAGUAUAAGGCGAGUGUGGACCGGAGGAUCUCCGCGUUGUGUUACUGCACUGUCACGCUGUACGAAUAGAACCUUCACCCGAGGACCAUCCACCUUCCAGCUCGCUCAGACGAGAGGAUCCCCUCACUCGCACUGUUCCAACUUCGUAGCAGCCAGAGCACUUUUCCUUUUGCAUUAUUCUUAUUUUUCAUGAAAUCACCCGACCCAACAGACCAAGUAUUAUUUUUUUUCAUAAAGGACCUCUUCCACCAAAUCACUACCAAAGAAAAAUGCAACAAGAAGAAGACAGGUUCUGUUCUUAUGAAAGAGGCAUUGGACUCAGCGAGCUGUCUCCUGAUCGUUUCAGUAGUUCUCCUCCGAACACCUCUCUUAGCUUUUUUUUUCUUCUCUUUUUACACUGAGGACUGGUCUUUUUUAAUAUUACUUUUUUUUAAAUACUGUAUUCUGUGAUAGUGUUGCAAUUAUUUAUUGGUUUUAGGAUGAUAUUAGUGUUGUGAUGUUACGUUUGGAUGCUUUUCUUGAGUCAGACUCACAUCGGCCUGUAAUUAGCACAAACACGCACUCGUUUACUCGGCUGUCUUUAGCACGGUAGCCUGAGAUUUGUAACAUAAUUUUUUUUUUUAUCAAAUGCACUUUAUUGACACGGACAUGAGAAAGACUUGGGCGAGAACCCACACUGAGCUGUUAUCGAAGACUUGACUUGCUGCCUCGCUCAACAGGCUGUAAAGAGAAAUUAAAACGCCUGUAAAGUGCAGGGACGAGCGUUUUCCCUGCUUUCUCGGCGAUUAGGAUCAGUCAUGACAUUCAAUAUCAAUAAUAAUGAUCAAGAUACUUGAGUAGUUACUUUUUCAUUUGUUAAUAUACUAGAAACAAGCAUUAUGUUUAGAUUAAUACUGGAUUUUUUUUCCUUUUUUAUAAACUGACGUUUGCGUUGUGUAAAUAUUUGAAUGUGCAUGUGCAAUGUCUGUCUUGUGUUUUGUUCAUUUCGGAAUGAAGGCAGUUGUAGGAGCUGUCAUGGGAUUCCCUGCCACUUAAUCCAAGAGCACAAGUCAUUUUUUUUGUUUGUUUUUUUAAAUCAGUUUGAUACUUACUCACUACUGCCAUUCAGACUCUUAUGCAGCCCUCAAGGAAGAGACCUCAUGUUCGUCUUUGCAUGGCAGCUCAGAAUUCAGAAAACCUGUGCUCUCUGAAGUACAUUCCUGUUGGAGUGAAGCCGGAUAAGGAUACGAAACGGAAAUGCUAAUGUGAACUUUCUCUGCCUUUCCCUGGCAGUCUGUAUGUGUGUGUGUGUGUUUUUAUAUAUAUAUAUAUAUAUAUAUAUAUAUAUAUAUAUAUAUAUAAAUGAUACUGUGUGUGUGUGUAUAUAUAUAUAUAUAUAUAUAUAUAUAUAUAUAUAUAUAUAUAUAUAUGUGUGUAUAUAUGUGUGUGUGUGUGUGUGUGUGUGUUGGCACUGCUGAAGUGCACUAAAUGCCAGUUUAAGAAAACUGAAUUGAAAGCACUGUAAAAUUUGCCUGCUUUCACCUGUACAUGUGUUAAUAAGAACCUCCUGGUGUUCUAGAGCUGCACUGGCACUGAGGCUGUCUCCAGUGUGUUCUUCUUCACGAUCAUUUCAUGGUUUAUAUAUUUUAUUCUCAGACUUUACCUUCACAAGGUAAAGUCUAUAUACAGACGAUUUUAAAAAAAUACACCAUUAAGAUAUUCUCCUGGCUCCUUUUAUAAUAUCCGUGUGCAGUCCCGAAGCCUGUAGACGUCACUCCAUGUUCAGGUUCUGAGCACCAUGUGCAUGGGAUGUUUUCUUAGAAGUGACUGGUGUAGAGAGUAAUUCAUACCUAUGGAAAGUUAGAAUGUAUAUUCCCUGGUCUUGAAGUAAAUAACCCAUCUGUCUCAUCUCAUCCAGCCAGCGCAAUGGAAAUAUCAAAGCUCCUGUUUUUCGGACACACUAUUGUAAUCGUUUCACCAACAGCUCUGUUCUGUACGGAAUCAGAAAUCCACUCAGGUUCAUCCGAGCCCCCCGCUCUCUUUCUGCAUUGUACCAUGAUGAUGAUUGUUCAUUUUGCAUGGACAUGAAAUAUAAAUUUUCUAACUUGGGACUUGUUACAGGACAACCAAUAAGAACAGUAGUUCAGUCCAACGUACAAAUAAAAUCAUUUCUAUAUAAUUCUAAAAUGGAAACUGUAACUGCCUCUUGUCAUGAGUGGGGUCACAAAGUUGUCUAUCGAUGUCCUGGUUUACAUCCAUGUGACUGUUCUUGCCCAGGAGUCAUUUUUCACUGAAUCAGCAGGUCAUUCUGUUGGAUUAGUAGCCUUACAAAUAGAUCAGUAGAAAAAUCUAAUAAAAAUAUCGUUCGAAAAUA